UUCUUAUCUUUGUCCAUCUUCUUUCCUCUCUGUGUGAAAUACAGCAGCUGGACCUUUAGCUGCGACACACUGUGAGACAAACUGCACACAGACAGUUUGUGUGUUUGCUGAUGUUUGUUAACACUGCAUUUGAAAUUAGCUGACACUUAAACAUCACGCGGUGUCCGCUCGCUUCUGCAGUGCGAGCUAGAUUCUGUAGACACGACUUACGGACACGUGCACUCCCACUUCAUCCCCGAGUGUAAACACUAAACCUAAAGUAACCAGCCUGUUUUGAAAAUGUAAGAAGUAGAAAGUUCAGAUACCUGAAAAAUUUACUUAAGUAACAAAGUAUUUGUACUUUGUUACUUGUGACUCAGUAACAUUGAUACCCAGAUCUAGUAGGUCACGGCUAUGCUAUUACUUAAAGUGUGUCUGCUGUUUCUUCUUCUACAGUUGAUAUUGUGGUUUCUCGUCCUCUCAGACCAGCAGGUGGAGGUGAAGGUUGUUGGAGGCUCAGACUCCGUCAUCCUGCCGUGCCAAAUCAAACCUGACCUGCCUGAAGACACCACAGUGGAGUGGACUCGCUCUGACCAAGAACUGGUCCAUGUGUAUUCAAACAGAAGUGACGACCUGACGAAACAGGACGGCCUUUACAGAGACCGAACAAAGAUGAACGAAGACCUGGUGAGAACUGGAGACCUCAGCCUGACCCUGAAACACCCCACAGAGAGAGACAGUGGAGGAUACAUCUGCACCAUCUACAGGGACAAAGACAUCCUGAGACAGAAAGUAGUGCUGCAGGUCAAAGAACCGUUUCCAUCCUGGGCCACAGCUCUCCUGGUUUUCCUGCUUCUUGUUCUGGUUGUUUCUGCGGUUCUUUUAUUUAAUUUCUGGCAUCACAUCAUGUCAUUCAUUCCGGUGGAGGUGGAGGUGGUGGAGGGGGCGGAGUCUGUCCAGCUGCCCUUCAAAACCACAAAAAACCUGCCUGAAGAUGUUAAAGUGUUGUGGGAACGCUAUGAUCCCAGAAUGAAGGCCCACGUGUAUCACAACGGCUCCGACCUGCCUGAAGAACAGAGCGAGGUUUACAGAGGCCGGACGAGGAUGAGGGGAGACCCACUGAGGACUGGAGACCUGAGCCUGACUGUGGAACGGCCCACGGAGGGAGACGGUGGGGAGUACAAGUGUUUGGUGUGGAGGAGGGGAGACUUCAUCAGAAAGAAAACCGUGAGGAUCAGAGUCAAAGGNAGAGUUCAGGUCCAGGAUCAAACUGCUGGUGAGCAGCUCUGACAUGAACCAUCACUCCUCCACGUCCAGCACUGUGGGGAAAGCUGUGGAUUGUAAACUUUCAGUCACGUAUCAGCUUCCUGUCACACACGAGGACUUCCUGUUAAGGUCAAAAGUUCAUCAAUCAGCAGCUUCUGCAUCGUAAAAACUCCACCCGAGUGUUUCAGAGGAUGAUGAUUCUCGAUGGUGGUCUUUUCAGAUCUCAGUGUUUGGGCGUAAAACCCCAGAUAUGACCCACAAUGAUGGACAGCAGCACCACUGCAGUAUCAGCGGUGCUGGUUAUUCAUCAUGUGUGUACUUUAAAGGAAGGAACGAGCAGCAGCAUGAGAAUAAGCUCCAUGUGUGCACUUCCAGAGAGGAUGCGGCUUCAUCACAUGCACAAAUCAGCAGUUGCAUUUGAGCUUUAUUAGCAGAGCCUGUCGCUGAGCUCUCUAUUUAAACUUCAAUCAGUCUUUUGCAAUAACUUGAACAUGUUGGUGCUCACAGUCAGAGCCCUGCAUAUAUCAGUGAGUUACUGCAACCAUACGUAACGUCUGGCUCUCUGAGGUCAGCUGAUCAGUGCUUGUUGGCUUUCUAUUCAUUAUAAAGUGAUCGAGCUUCAUUACAUUUAAUAAAAUCAUGUGAAGAGUGAAAGCAUGGAGGAACAGAGCUGCUGAAGUGCAGUCUGUUUACAUAUUCAGUAGGGCUGCAACGAUACACAAAAUUCACGGUUCGGUUCGAUAUUUUUUCGAUACAAAAAAAAUGUUCAUGCCUUUUUAAUUUGUCAUUUAU